AUGGCUUCUACUCCAGUACCCACAACUAUCGCCGAGGAGUACCUCUAUGGCUUGCUUAUCCAGUUCCCACGCUUCGCCGAGAAGAGCAAGUCCGCGCAGCGAGACCAGCUGCGCGGUAUGAUAGAGUGUAAUGAGCCGGUGGGAGACAUACGACAGGAGCUAAGUCGGUGUCUGAGCCGACAUGCGCAUUUCCUGGCGCUGGACAGGAGUUCGCAGCUGCAAUACAUCAACCAUCUGCAUUUCUUCUUCCAUCACGGAUCAGCGUAUCGUUACAGGGUAUUAUGGCCUGUGCUCUUCCAGUUACCCCAGCUUUCAGAUUAUAUUUACACGACCAGGCCCGGCGGCGACUACGAUCCUACCAUGAAUAGCAUCAAGAACUGGUUUCUGUGGAAUUUGCAGCGCCGUGGACUCGAACCACCGGUUCCGAAAGACCACGCACCGCCGCCAUAUGAGCCCUAA